AUGUCCCAAUCACCCACGAUCGACUACGCAAACCUCCCCACGCCACCCGUCUGCGUGGCGGAUUUCUGUCUCAUCCCGAUAGGAACGCCCUCCCCCUCCGUCUCAGCUGAGAUUGCGGCUGUGCAGCGCUUGAUGAGGGUUAGUGGACUGAGUUUUGGGAUGCAUAGUGCGGGGACUACUGUUGAAGGAUCAUGGGACGAUGUCAUGCGUCUCAUCGGCCAAGCACAUACGCUCGUUCAUCAGAAUGGGGUCUUGAGGGUCCAGACUGAUAUUAGAGUUGGUUCGAGGACUGACAAGAAACAACAUUUCUCUGAAAAAGUCUCGAAAGUGGAGAGUAUUCUUGCGGGUGAUGAGCCGCAUAUUAAGAAGAGUUCUACUUUUGGGGAGGGUGAGAAGGAGGCGUGA